AUGAAGAGAACAAAAGAUGAACACGAAGAGCACGUGAGACAACUUUUCCGACACAUAACGGUUUAAAAGAUUAUUUCUUGGGAUUGAACUGAAGAUUAUUCUUUUAGCUCUCGUCUAUUCUGCUCGUUUUGAGUGUCAGUGUGCUCGUUCUCUCGUUUUCCGUCUUGGAUACCAGCUUGGCCAUCAAUUCUUCGCCAACGCAGAGCUCCUUUCAAGGUUCUUCGACCUGUCGAAUUACUUCAAGAACGAUAUUCAGAAUGUCCAACCUCUUCUGAGAAAGCUUCUGGCCGUCGCCGAAUAGUUUUCAUGGUGAUCGAUGCGUGGCGACUAUCCUUCCUGACUUCUGAAACGUCUCCAAUGAAAUUCGUCCGAUCGGCCAUUGCAAAAAGAGAUGCGGUCCUUUUUGAGGCGUACGCUAGGAUGCCUACAGUGACCUUGCCGAGAAUAACCGUGGGUUUUUUUACGAUCAACUAGAAAUCCCUUCAUAACUUAUAAAGGAAAAAUAUGUUAACUACAUUUUUUUAAAGUUUUCUCACUUCCACCAGGAAAAUUAGUAACCAGAUUUUAAUUGGGGAAACUCUUCCAAUAUUUCAGUUUAUCUUAUACAAAAUUGGCCACUUGCUUGAUCAAAAAGUCCAAAAAUUUGUGAAUAUCGUCAUUUGAAUACUGUUCGUUUUAUCAUGUCAAUCGAGAAUAAAUUAAACCUAAUUCCAAUUUUCCAAAUAUUCCAGUCAAAACUUCAGGCCUACCUGAGCGGUACUCUGCCAUCCUUUGGGACAGUUCUCACCAACUUCGCGAGCUCAGAAUUAAAAGUGGAUAAUUGGAUCGAGGCAUCCAGGGAGAAAGAUUUGAAGUACGAUUUCAUCGCUUUCCUUGUAAAAUCGGCUUUAGGAUACAUUUUUUCGGUGACGACACUUGGCUGAAGCUUUUCCCGGGAAAAUUUCGAAAGUCGGACGGCGUCACUUCAUUUUUUGUCAACGAUUACACAGAAGUGAACAUUGAUGAAACGUUUUUGAAAUCACUCCUUAAUUACAGGUUGACAACAAUGUGACUCGGCACUUGGAUGGGGAGUUGAGCUCUGAUACUUGGGAUAUCUUAAUUCUGCACUACUUGGGCCUCGACCACGUUGGUGAGAGCUUCGACCAGAGAUUUUAUAAGAAGUAUGUGGUUCAGGCCAUUCCUUGGGCGGCACUUCUCCGAUGAUAAACGUUAAGUUGGCUGAAAUGGACGCAGUAGUCGAGAAAAUCGUGCAGAGCGAGUCGAUUCAAAGUACUGAAACGAUGGUCGUUGUGUGCGGCGACCACGGAAUGACAGAAGCCGGAUCUCACGGUGGAGCCAGUUCUUCUGAAUCCGUCGUGCCUGUCGUCUUCUUUGUCUCUCGAGUCGGAAAGCGAGAACACCAAACGGCUCUUAGUUUGUUCGAAUUAAAAGUAUAUUCAACUUCUCUCCGAUGAUUCAGGACCGCCGAGAAUCGAACAAAUGGACGUUUCAGCAACAAUAUCGUCUUAUUUAUCCGUUCGGCAGCCUCUUUCAUCUUAUGGAAUUUCGUUGAUCCCGCAAUUGAAACGAAAUUGGCAGUUUGACGAGGAAUUUAUCGAUCGGGAUUUCCAAAACACUUUGCGCCAUUUCAGCCUGAUCAACGGCGGUACGUGUCCCUCGAGUUAAGAAAAAUAAAACUUUCCAGCUCAACUUCUAGAGCUACAGCAGCAGAUGAAGUUCUCAAUAGAAGACUGUUCAGAACAGAAUUUAUCGCAAUCAAACCGAACUCGGAUUCUAGAAGUUGAAAAAGAUAAUUUAUUGAAACAUUUUUUUUAAUUUGAGUCCCUUCAUGCUGUUCAAUCUGAAGAAAUUGAAAAAGCUUCGACUACAAGCAUAAAUCCGAUGAUAAUCUGUCUGGCUCUACUGGCAUUGGUUUUUUUGGUGUUGAAUUUUUCAAUAAAACUAUCUGCAGGCCUUUUAUAUACCGUUCCGAGUUCAACGUUGGCAUUUUCAAACAUCCUUUCUUCAAUUUUUCUUGCCGAUUUCUUCCUAUUUCUCAAGCAGCUUGAUCGAAGAAGAGCAUGAGAUUUGGUUCGUUAAAUAUAAUAUUAUAAUUUUUUUCACAGUGUCCCAGGUACUUUAUCGCGUCGACAGCUCUUCUGGUGAAUACUUUGGCGAUCUAUUUACGCAGCAAAGACAAAGGCAGGCUGCUUGAUACGGUUACUGUGGCAGUUUGUCAUCGGUUAGGAGUUGCCUGGCGGCAAAACGAGAGAAGAAGAUGGUCUAUGAGCUCUGGUAAGCGAAGAAAAGCUAUUUUCUGGGUACAAAAAGUAUCUAUUUUCAAGACCUACUACCUCCUCAAAUUUUUGACGAGCCGUUUUUAUUGAAAAACAUGAGUUCAUACGACGGGAAAUCUUUCAGGUGUGUUCAAUUGAAUUCGUCAAAGCAUACGAUUUCAGCUCUCAAUUUUCAUCGGCAAGUCUACUUGCCGGCUUGAUUUGGAUCUUCCUGAUAUCUAAGAAGAAGAGAGGCUUUGCAACGGCUCUUCAGGUCAUCGGAAUCUUCGGCUCAGCUAUUUUUCACUACGUCAGGAAUGAAAAUCCUUUGUGAGCCCUUGUAGUUCCAAGUUUUAAGAUGAUCACAAAAAUGUUUUCAGUGGUGACCAAACCUUGGAGACGGCUAUCCGAUUGUUCAGCCUUGCUUCGGCCUACCUGAGCCCAACGUCAUCCAUCCUAACCUACAUUCUUUUCAUAUCACCACCACAUCAGCUUUUCCUUCUCGCCGCUGUUCAUGAAAUGGGUCGGAGAGCGGCAAAAGCCAAACUGGGCGUGGAUCCGCUCAUGGCUCUACUAGUAUCUGCUUUCUAUUAUACAGUAGGCUCAGCCUCGAUUUAUCUCAACUAAUCAUGAUUAAGGGAAACUCGAACAGUCUGUCCACUAUCGACUUGGCUGCUUCCUACACAGGCGUGACCUCAUACCAGCCGAUUUUCAUCGCUUUUCAGCUGCUCCUGAACAUGUACGCCGGUCCCAUCGUGUUUAUCUUGGGACUGUGAGUGCGAGAAAAAGUGUGAAAACAUUAUGACAACUUUUCAGGUGUUCGGAGAAGAGGAAUGUUGGGAUAGAACUGGAAGCAUUGGCGGCAUGGACGUUUGCCUACAGAAUCGUUGCUUUCUCUGUCUCAAUUUUAUCAUUCAUAAUUUUCCGUCAGCACCUUUUCCUCUGGACCGUUUUUGCCCCGAAGGUUUGAACUUGCUUUAUUCAAAACCUUGUUUUAUUACCUUUUCUGGCUCUCUUUAUCACUAGAGAUGACCCGAUUAGAGCGGUCUUUUUCCAGCUGUCAAAAGCACUGAUAAAGAACUCAUUUCAGGUUGUUUACGAUAUGAUUCACUCAUUGCUGGCUGCGGUACUGCAGUUCGUCGCCGCUUUUUGUUUGCGAAGUCAUCGGCACUUGAAAUGAAUCUCGGCACUUUUUUUUUCUCAUGCGUUUGUGUGUCAUAUUCCUUGUAAAGAUGUCGAAAAUUUAAUAAAAAAAAGAGAAGUUCUUUCCUAUUCUGUUGUGAACAAUCAAUGCUUUUAUGGGCAGUUGAAAAUCGUAUGAAACCCCCAACAAUCAAACUACGGAAAAUCGAGUCAAAAUCCAUUCCUGAAAAUUAUUUGUUUUAAAAACCAUAAUUCAUUUUUAAGAGAAUUCUCGUUCAUCUAGUUCUCAAACAUCCGUUAAAAAUUGAAAUAACAUGUUGAAUCCAGAAUAAUAAAUUAAAUUUUGAAAAAUUGAGAGAUAUUAAGUGUUGGAGAUUUUUUCGAGCCCAUUUAGAUCUUCCCUAUGUCUGACGUUUCCAAAAACAAAGACAUUUAUUCCUUUUUUUUUUACUGGAUUGUAAAGUGGGCGAGAAUUUUUUUUGAGAAUCAAAAGGUUAUCAAUGGUAUUGACUUUCCCACCAGCACUUCCCACAGAACAAUUUCUGUUUCCCAAUCAAUCAAAAACCAACUAACCAUUCUUGAUGUGUUUCUCUUCUCUGCUUUGAUCACCGACACUUUUCUUAUAUUUUUGAGACGAAAAUAUUUUUCUUUUUCAAGCUCAACGUCAUUUUAAUACAGGGAGAAAUGUGUUAUCAGUCGGAAAAUGGCUUGGAAAUUGACGAUGAUUGAUCCAUCGAUAGAAUAUUGAUUAUAUUUUCAGUCUCUACAAAUUCCAAAAGAAUGAAUCGAGAUUACGUACCGCGAGACAUUUUUUUAUGAUGAAGAGAAACGAGUUUGCUUUUGGAAAAACUCACAUACAAGGUACGUAAACAAAUUAGUUGAGAAAAAUUGUGUUCAGAGGCCGAAUGCAAUAAAGUGGGAAAUGCAUUUUCCACUUUAAGGAAAAAUCACUCCCGAAAAAUUAUUUAAUUUGAAAAUUUUGAGCUUCAGCUUCAAAAUUGCGUUUCUAGAAAUUUUUUUUAGUUGUGCCGUCGCGAAAAUAAAAUUCAAAAUGACUGAGGAGUGAUGAAAAAAAUAUUUCUCAUAUUUUUUUUAUAAUUUUUCAACGUCUGUUAACUCAGAUUUAGAAAGCGUGCCUGAUAAUCGCGACAUUGGAAAUAGUUUAUUGGGUCUAUUAUGCCAUUCUUCUCAUUUUUGCUGUCAUCCAUCACCAGCAAGCAUGUAGAAAUAUUCAAAGAGAAAAAAGGUUAUUUCAAACUUUCAGGGAGCAUAGUUUUCACUUCGGUCAACUUAUUCAUGCUCACGAUCCAAAUAGCGAUUUUGUGGUUUGGCGUUAUUAAAGAAGAUCCUAAGUUUCUACAAACUCAUCUAAUAUUUUUGGUGAGUUUGAAUUCAAAAAAUGAAGAUGCUAGAUAAUCAUUUUCCAGUGCUUGACGAUCCUAUGGGAUUUUCUUCUUUUCAUUGGAUUUUUCGUUGUUACAGUAUUCCCUUACGUUUACAGCAACCAAUAUUUACAGUAUAACGGCAAAGAAUGGAAUGGUGAGUAAAAUCGUCGCUUAGAAAUCCAAAAAGGCUCAAAUUUCAGCCAGAACGUUUGCAAUUGUGAUGGGAUCUUUACUGUUACUUUGGUUCGUCUGUCGCUACUUCAUGAUGUUAACAAUUUUCCGGUUCUGGAAGAUCCUUCGAGCAAAUCAAGGCUACCGCAGGCCACGAUCUUUCACACAAGAGAAAUAA